CAGUUUCUGGUAUCUUGCUUUAUUUUCUCAGGUGUUCAUCCAAGUAGCAUUGAGAUGCCUACAAUUCCACUAUUACCAUAUUCAAUCCUUGUGGGAAAUCUGAGCAUCUUGUGUUUGGGGCUUACAGUAUAUUGGAGUCAGCACUGGUUUGGCGGCUUUGCCUGGGAUGGUUCUCGUAAGAUGUUUAAUUGGCACCCAGUUCUCAUGGUGACAGGCAUGGUGAUCUUAUAUGGUAUAGCAGCACUGGUGUAUCGUUUGCCCUUUUCCCAAAUGGGUUCCAAGCUCCCUUGGAAGGUGCUGCAUGCAACACUUACUUUGAUAGCAUUUAUCUCUGCCAUUUUGGGAUUGGAGGCAGUCUUCAAGUUUCACAAUGUGCAGAAGAUCCCCAACAUGUACUCUCUACACAGCUGGCUUGGGCUCACUGCUGUACUACUUUUUUCAUGCCAGUGGUUAAUGGGAUUUGCUUCUUUUUUGUUGCCUUGGAUGCCCAUCUGGUUCCGAGCCCUCUACAAACCUGUCCAUGUUUUCUUUGGUUCUGUCAUCCUUGGUUUGUCUACCGCAUCCUGCAUCUCAGGCAUUAAUGAGAAGUUAUUCAUGAGAUUAAAAAAUUCAACAACACUGUAUUCCCAGCUUCCUGCAGAGGCUUGGUUUGCCAACUUUCUGGGAAUGCUGAUUUUGGUGUUUGGAGUGUUAGUGUUGUUGGGUCUUGCCAUACCAGGAUGGAAACGUUCCGAUGUGAAUUCACAAGGCAUUAGACAGCCUCUGUUACCAGAAGCCAGAUGAAGAAUUAAAGAGCAGCUGUGUGGUGCUACCUGUAAGGGUUUCUUCACUGAAAUUUGUAUCCUUGCUUGCUGCUGUCGUCAUGAGUACAGCAGCUCACAUGAACUGAUUCAGUAAGAAAAGAUUUUUCUGCUAACAGACAUCCAGAUUUGUUCCUCUGGGUCUGAUUUUUAAACUUGAAAUGUUCAUACUAUCGAUUGCUGGACAUUCAAUCACAUUUGAACGAAUCUGUUUGCUAAAAUGCCAUAAAGUUCACCGAUUUUUGUGUUUUUCAUUAGAAAAAUGUGUUAGAAAUUAAAAUCCUAAAUAAUCAAUUAAAGAAAAGCUGCCUUUUUCUGAUACUUGGGUGAAAGGAUAUGCUACAAUAGAUACUUUAUGUGUAAUCUCAGUGCUGCGUUAUUUUUUAAUUGAAUAUGAUAUAAUUUUCUGUGUUUUUUAAUAUGAAUCUGUUCGUAUUCCACAUAUCUUAGAGCAUAGUUUGUUAGUUUUGGUUUAACAUGGUAAGUGAAGCCAGUUAGUAUAGAGGGCCUUUUCUUGAUUGAAAGGGAAAAGUUUUCAUUUUGUGCAUUAAUGCAUCAGCCUAAUCUUUUGCCAGUUCACCGACAGAAGUUGUGUUUAUAUAACACAUAAAGGCAUAAUGUUGGUUUAUCAAAACAAAUGACUGGGCUCCCAUACUAUCUUAGCCCUUGGUUUACAAAACACAUUGACUGGAUUCAUAUGAUUGGACAAAUAAGCAAACCAACUGUGGCACAGUGCAGUAGUUCUUAAACAUUUUGGUAU